UGAAACCUCAAGGGAGAGGUAUGGGAGGAAGCAAAAAAGGAAUUCAUAGAGAUCAGGAAGCUGUUGGAGAACAAGCUCAGCGACUAAGGAAUUCAUAGAGAUCAUGAUAUAUUUAUACUUAUCAUGGGCCCAAGCUUUCAUCUACAAUUCCAUAUUCUUCCAAGCUUUCACUAUCAUUUCCAAUGGCACACGAGAUUGUUUUACUUUCAUGGUGGGCAAGUGUGUUCGGCCUCAGGGUGAAAAUUGCAUUGGCUGAGAAGAGAAUAGGCCAUGAAUACAGAGAAGAGGAACUCUUCGACAAGAGUCCACUUCUCGUAAAAUCUAACCCUGUGUACAAAAAAGUACCAGUAUUGAUCCACAGCGGAAUGCCAAUAUGUGAGUCUCUUGCUAUUAUUGAAUACGUCGACGAGGUCUGGACUCAUAGCCCCUUGCUACUCCCCGAGGAUCCUUAUCAGCGCGCUAAGGCCAGGUUCUGGGCUGAUUUUACUAACAAGAUAUACCCUGUUGGGCGAAAAGCGAGGAACGUUGAGGGAGAAGAUCUCCGAGCAGCCACAAAAGAGUUAGUAGCUAUGCUCAAGUUGUUGGAAGGAGAACUUGGCGAGAAACUGUCCUUCAAUGGUGAAACCUUCGGCUACGUUGAUAUUGCUCUUAUUCCCUUCUCAUGUUGGUUUUAUACAUAUGAGACGUUAGGGGAGUUCAGUAUUGAAGAAGAGUGUCCUAAACUGAUGGAUUGGGUUAAGAGAUGCAUGGAGAGGGAUAGUGUGUCAAAGGCACUUCCUGAUCCUCAUAGAGUUUAUGAGUUAAAUCGCGAGUUAAAGAAGAGAUUAGGUUAGGUUAGGAAAAAGAUAGUAGGGUUAAUUGCGGAUAGAACCCCAGUAGCAUUGGUGAUUCGAAUUCACCACCCUUCUAAUUUGAUUUUUUUUUUUUUUGCGGAUGGACAUCCUGAGUGAAUUUUGUUUUACUCUUUUACGCUCAGAGAUGAGAAAUUUGUUUUUCGACAAAAGGAGAAAAUUCUCACUCUGGGGCUCCGUAUCGAAAAUAAUACUUAUAGCGGUAGCAAGUUCAAAAUGACGAUACUUCGUGGUUUCUAUCUGCAGUCAGAAAUGGAUGCAACAAACAGCAGUUUACUUCUGUAUGUGGUGCCUUGGUUAGGCUCCCCUAUUGCAAAUUUCAGUAGAUGGGGAAGCUACCAAUUGUUCAUUUGUACUUGGUCUUCUAAUAAUGUUAUCUAAUAAUGUUAUCCUUGUUUAAA